AUGCUUGAAGAAGUGGCUGCUGCCAGUUUAGAUCAAGAAUUUAAAGAUGAGUUACACCAUAUCAAUCAGUGGUUUCGAUGUCGAUCGGAUGCAGAGAGAACUGCUGCUCUUUAUACUGUCGUUCAAAAUGCAUCUCAAAUUCAGAUCCGAUUCCUUAUUACUGUCUUACAGCAAUUAGCAAAUCAAAACCCU